GCUCCCAGGUUUGGACUUGGUAGUUGCAUGCAUUGGCUCCCAUUUGAACUAACAGUUCUGAAGGAGGUGGUGGCGGACAGAGCCCUCCCUCGACAGCCCGGGCCGAGAAGAGUCUCUGCAGGAGGUAUCAUCCAGACGGGCAGAUCAUGCUGGCAGCAACAGGGGUGGCUGAGAAGUGAAAGGAGCCAGCUACUGAGGAGGGGCCCCAGCAGCUCCUAAAACUCCUAUCAGGACAUGGAGUAUGAAAGACGAGGUGGUCGUGGUGACAGAACUGGCCGCUAUGGAGCCACUGAUCGUUCACAGGAUGAUAGUGGAGAGAACCGCAGCCGGGACCAUGAUUAUAGAGACAUGGAGUACCGUUCAUACCCACGAGAGUAUGGCAGACAGGAGGGCAAGCAUGAGUAUGACGACUCAUCUGAAGAGCAAAGUGCAGAGAUCCGUGGACAGCUGAAGUCCCAUGGAGUCAAAGCACGGGAGGUCCGGCUGAUGCGGAACAAAUCCUCAGGUCAGAGCCAGGGCUUCGCCUUCGUCGAGUUUAGUCACUUGCAGGACACUACACGAUGGAUGGAAGCCAAUCAGCACUCCCUCAACAUCCUGGGCCAGAAGGUAUCCAUGCAUUACAGCGACCCCAACCCCAAGAUCAAUGAGAACUGGCUGUGUAAUAAGUGUGGUGUCCAGAACUUCAAGCGCCGAGAGAAGUGCUUCAAAUGUGGUAUGCCCAAGUCAGAGGCAGAGCAGAAGCUGCCCCUUGGCACUCGGCUGGAUCAGCAGGCACUGCCACUGGGUAGGCGGGAGCUAAGCCAGGGCUUACUCCCACAGCUGCAGCCCUACCAGGCCCAGGGAGUGCUAACCUCACAAGCCCUGUCACAGGGCUCAGAGCCAAGCUCCGAGAACGCCAGUGACACCAUUAUUUUACGAAACUUGAACCCACACAGCACUAUGGACUCCAUCCUCGGGGCCCUAGCACCCUAUGCGGUGCUGUCCUCUUCCAAUGUGCGUGUUAUCAAGGACAAACAGACUCAGCUGAACCGAGGCUUCGCCUUCAUCCAGCUCUCCACCAUCGUGGAAGCAGCGCAGCUGCUACAGAUCCUGCAGGCCCUGCACCCUCCGCUCACCAUCGAUGGCAAGACUAUCAACGUGGAGUUUGCCAAGGGUUCUAAGAGGGGUAUGGCCUCCAAUGAAGGCAGUCGCAUCAAUGCUGCCUCUGUGGCCAGUGCUGCCAUUGCUGCUGCCCAGUGGGCAAUCUCACAGGCCUCCCAGGGUGGAGAGAGUGCCUGGGCUGCCCCCGAGGAGCCACCACUUGACUACAGCUACUACCAACAGGAUGAGGGCUAUGGCAGCAGCCAGGGAACAGAUUCCCUCUAUGCCCAUGGCUACCUUAAGGACAGCAAGGGCCCUGGCAUGACUGGGACCAAAGGGGACCCAGCUGGAGCAGGUCCUGAGACCUCCCUUGAGGCUGGAGCAGACUCUGUGUCACUUCAGGCUUUCUCUCCAGCCCAGCCUGGUGCUGCCCCUGGGCUCUAUCAGCAAUCAGCUGAGGGGGGCAGUGGCCAGAGCACUGCUACCAACAGCCAGUCAUAUACCAUCAUAUCACCUGCUGUGCUCAAGUCUGAGCUUCAGAGCCCUACUCAUCCCAGCUCUGCCUUACCACCGGCUUCCAGUCCCACUGCCCUAGAGUCCUACAGCCAGUACCCUGUUCCUGAUGUCUCUACUUACCAAUAUGAUGAGACAUCUGGCUACUACUAUGACUCCCAGACUGGUCUAUACUAUGAUCCCAAUUACCAGUAUUACUACAAUGCUCAGAGUCAGCAGUACCUAUACUGGGAUGGGGAGUGGCGGACCUACAUACCUGCCUUGGAGCAGUCUGCUGAUGGACAUAAGGACAUGAGGGCAUCAUCAAAGGAGGGAAAAGAGAAGAAAGAGAAGCAUAAGACAAAGACAGCCCAACAGAUUGCCAAGGACAUGGAGCGGUGGGUACGCAGUCUCAAUAAGCAAAAAGAAAACUUCAAAAACAGCUUCCAGCCUAUUAGUGCUCUACGAGAUGAUGAAAGGCGGGAAUCGGCCACUGCAGAUGCAGGCUAUGCCAUCCUUGAGAAGAAGGGAGCGCUAGCUGAGAGACAGCACACCAGCAAGGAUCUCCCAAAGCUGGCCAGUGAUGACCGCCCAAGCCCACCUCGAGGGCUGGUGGCAGCCUAUAGUGGGGAGAGUGACAGUGAGGAGAAACAGGAGCGAGGAGGUCCUGAACGGGAAGAAAAGCUCACAGACUGGCAGAAGCUAGCCUGUCUGCUCUGCCGCCGCCAGUUUCCCAGCAAGGAGGCACUCAUCCGGCACCAGCAGCUCUCUGGGCUCCACAAGCAAAACCUUGAGAUUCAUCGGCGAGCCCACUUGUCAGAAAACGAAUUGGAAGCACUAGAGAAAAAUGACACGGAGCAAAUGAAGUAUCGAGACCGUGCAGCUGAACGCAGGGAGAAGUAUGGUAUCCCUGAGCCACCAGAGCCCAAACGGAGGAAGUAUGGUGGCAUAUCUUCAGCCUCUGUGGACUUUGAACAACCCACUCGGGAUGGAUUAGGCAGUGACAACAUUGGCAGUCGAAUGCUCCAGGCCAUGGGCUGGAAAGAAGGCAGUGGUCUGGGCCGCAAGAAACAGGGCAUUGUGACACCCAUUGAGGCCCAAACACGAGUUCCAGGUUCUGGCCUGGGUGCCAGGGGCAGUUCCUAUGGGGUCACCUCAACAGAAUCCUAUAAGAAGACACUGCACAAGACAAUGGUGACCCGCUUCAAUGAGGCCCAGUGAACAACUUUGAAAGCAGAUGUGGGGUAUCCAUCCAGGUACAGAGAAGAUGAAGUGUGGAAUGGUCUAAGGAAGGCUCUUCUAUCUACCAGCCUGCUCCCCAACCAGAGAAGCCAAAUUAGACUUGGCGUUGGUGACUUUUGCUGGGAAAUUGGGCUCAAUCAUGUUCCUUUUGUAAUAAAAUCUAAAAAGCCUGCAAAAAAAAAAAAAAAAGUAUAAGUACUAC